AUGGACCACACCCGGGAUGCUGACGCAUAUAUGGUGCCCCUGACGCCAGCUUCGGUCGGAUCUGGUUCCUACCUAGGCGGUCCAGACAUCGGCUCGGUCGUGGCAUCGGACGUUACUGGUGUCACCCCUAGCUCAGGGGGAUCGUCUGGAAAGAGCCUCGUCCAAAACCCUUUGUACAGAAUUGCCUACUUGGCCGACAACAAAAUCUUUCUGCGCGAUCGCGAGGAAUAUCCGAAGCAUAUUGGUAGCCUUGUUGGUGAAAUGGGAAAAGAUCGUGACUCUCCCGGGCCAUCUCCAGAUGAUGUGUGGCAAGACUUGUCUUUGAGAAAACUUGAGCUCGGAGCUGCGGAGUCGACUGUAGAACGGUACUUCUGCACCAAUCUCUUGCCCAAUCCCGGCCCGACUGAGAGUCUAAUGUGCAGCUACCGACAACCAAUGCAUAGACAUGCAGUCCCCAACACAGGCUCGAACUUCAAAAUCAGCACCCCUGUCCCGGACAUGGCAUACGGAUACAAUCGUGAGACAGCGUUUACUGGUGCUCAUCAAACUCUACUACUUACGGAAAGCUCAGUUGCUGCCAAUGUUCACGAUUUACUAUAUCCAUUUUUGGUCAUCGAGUUCAAGGGCGAUUCACCCUCUGGCAGCGGGAGUUUGUGGGUUGCAACUAAUCAAUGUAUGGGCGGUUCUGUGUCCUGUGUCAAUGUUGCCGAACGUUUCAACCAUCGGCUAGGCCACUAUCAGAGCGACGAGGUCCAGCCUAGUAACACCGCCGCAUUCAGCAUCGCGAUGAGUGGCACAGAAGCGCGGAUCUUCGUCUCUUGGAAGCAUGAUGAAGGCAAGUACUAUGUGCAGAAGGUCGACAGCUUUUUACUUCAGAGUCCUGAGGGCUACCUGAAGUUCCGCAAGUUCGUGCUGAACAUUAUUGACUGGGGGAGAGGCAGGCGCCUAAAUGAGAUCCGGAAAUCCUUGGACACCUUGAUGGAGGAGAGCAGGAAGGGGCCUCCUAAGCUCGCAAAGGCUCGUCCAUCGCCGCUUGCCGGUUCUGAGACUCGUCCUAGCAAGAAGCUCAAAUUGUCAGCAUGA